AUGGAAACAUCGAUCCCAAUACUUACGAGGAUAAUGUUAGGUUACUGUUUCCGAAUAGACGGGUAUUUGGUAACAACUAUUGAUAAACUCAUAGCUAUGGUUGGACGACAGUUGCAUUUCCUGGCCACAGGUACUGAAGGGCUUGAAACGAUGAAACUUUAUCAGCGUUUUCGUUAUGAUCUGCCUCUAUCAGUGUUCAAUCAGUCGGCUAGAAAAACAAGGGUCGAGGAAGAGUACUCACGUGCUGCAGAAACGUUUUUCAAUUGCCAAAAUUGUUUUAAAAUAUACGUCAUUUACGAGAAGAAACCCGUAGUGACUAUAGAACUUGUAGACACAGAAACUGAAGAAGAUAACGGCGAUGGAGAAAAUAUUCAACCCAACGGCGAGACUACAGCAGAUGGUAGUACCGAUGACGAUUCCGACCACAACGAGGAGACCGAUGAAGAUCAGCGCAGAAAUGGUACGACAGUACGGGCGGCGACGAAUGGUUUGUCCACCAAAAAAGAUGGAAUUACUGGUGUAGCAGGACCUUCAACAGUAAAACUACAAAGUGUCAAGUUUUACAGGUCGCCUCUUCCUCAGGCGAAAUGCCCGCAUGCGGAAUCCUGA